GGAGCAGUAGCGGUUGGGGGUGGUGGAAGAUUCGUGCGCGCCCGCGUGUGGGGGGCAGCAGAAAAUGGCGAGUUUGUGUAAGAGCCAGCAAUGCUCCAUCGAAAGGCGCGGUUUUCGACAAGAACUUGACUCGUGGCGUUACAAGCUCAUUCACUGUGUAGGAUUUGAGAGUAUUUUAGAAGGACUGUUUGGACCUGGAUUACUGAAAGAUCUCAGCUUCUUUGAAGAUUGUGAACCUUCAAGUGUUUGUGACUGGUCUUUCGAUGAAAACUGCCUCUUCUGCUGCUUGAGAAGAGAAAAAGUUAAGGAACACUUAACUGGCUUUCGGAAGCCAGCCUGUGAAGCUGGGCCAGAAAACUUGCUUAAGCAAGAGCAAGUAAAAAUUAUAAGACUGGAAAGACAAGCUGAAGAAUUUAUCAAUGCGGUCUUUUGCAAAAAAGACAGUCCUAGGGUCUUUGAUCCUAAUAUUCCUUUAGUUGCUCGUGAGAUCAUGCAGCGGAUGAUCCGACAGUUUGCUGCUGAAUAUACCUCAAAAAAUAGCUCUACUCAGGACUCCAGCCAACCCAACAGCACAAAGAACCAAAGCUUGCCGAAAUCACCCUCUGGAAAAAGUUCACCUCCCCCUGCAACAACUCAGAACCCUGUACUUAGCAAGCUUCUGAUGGCUGACCAAGAUUCUCCUCUAGACCUCACUGUCAAGAAGUCCUCGUCUGAAGAGCCCUGUGAGCAAGACGGAGUGCUUGACCUGUCCACUAAGAAGAGCCCUGGCUCUGGUAGCACAUAUUCAAGCGUUUCUCCAAGUACCUCAAACACUAUAGGGAAUGGGCGACCUGGGAAACCCAGCCAGCACCGUCCAGAUGGACUUCCGCGGAGUGGCGAUGUGGUGCCUCCAAGAAGUUUGCUGGAUGGAACCAGGGAAACUUAUGGCCACUCCACAACUCUAAAAGUGCCAUUGGCUCGCUCGCUGCAGAUUAGUGAGGAACUGCUUAGCAGGAAACCGUUUUCUACAGCCGCCAGCCAUGGUUCCACUGGACUGCAGAAUCACGGACAGCACUUAAUCCUUUCCAGAGAGGCCUCAUGGGCCAAGCCCCACUAUGAGUUAAAUUUUGGCCGUAUGAAAUACAGGGGCAAUGGUGCACUCAGCAACAUCAGUGACCUACCUUUUCUCACAGAAAAUGCAAAUGCCUUUCCAAAAAACAGUCAAAAUAAACAUGAUGUGAAAAAGGAAAUUGGCCUAUCUUCUCCUGUUGAUUUAAAAAUUCCACAGGUCCGAGGCAUGGACCUCUCAUGGGAGUCCCGCAGUGGGGAUCUGUACAAUUACAGCUCUUUGGUAAUGGGUUCACAAACAGAGAGCGCACUUAGUAAGAGAUUAAGGACUAUCCUUCCAAAGCAAAAUAGGAGAAACUUGCUGGAUACUACUGCAGAUUCAUGGAGCUCAGAUGCUGAGCAGUCUACCUCUGGACAGCCAUAUGCCACCUCUGAUCAAGAAGGAGACCCAGGCUCCAAGCAGCCAAGGAAAAAGCGGGGCCGAUAUAGACAGUACAAUAGUGAAAUUCUGGAGGAAGCGAUCGCUGUGGUCAUGGGCGGAAAAAUGAGUGUCUCGAAAGCUCAAAGCAUUUAUGGGAUUCCCCAUAGCACACUGGAAUAUAAAGUCAAAGAAAGGCUAGGCACACUAAAAAACCCUCCAAAGAAAAAGCUGAAAUUAAUGAGAUUGGAGGAGCAAGAUAUUGCAGUAAAAACAGAACUGGAACCUCAGGAAGAGGUGGAGACGUCGCAAAGUGCAAAUGAAUCUAAAGAUGAAUGGAGCCGUUUGGAACUCUGUAACGAGAGAUGCUACGGAGGACAGACUAUUCUAACCUGCUAUGGACUUUCAUUUCACAAUAAUAGCACCUACAGUGGAUCAGGGACAGAUAUAACAGGGCAGCUUCGCAAAAUGUUUUAUGGCAAAGAGAGCAUCCCACGACACUGCCGUGUUAAAAGUCCCAGAGUUCUUUGUGAGAAAAAUACUAUAGAUCCCAAGCAUUCAACAGAUGUAACACUGGAAGAGUUCAUGGUUAAACUGUGUGCACAUCACCAGAAGCAGUUUAUUCAUGUGCUAAACACUUUUUACACUGAGGAACUGUUAUCCCUGUCCGAAAAUGGAAGUACUUCAAUUUCUCAAGAUCAGUUUUUUGAUCUACAAAACGGUGGGUGCGCCUGCUCUGAAAAAUUAAAUUGUGCUUCUGGGUUGGAGAUAAACAAAUCAGAAUCUCAAUGCCCCACAUCAAAUCAUCAUCAGGUUAUCACAGAGACUGAAACAGAUUGUACAAACAAAGGCCAAUGCCCAGGCAUAGUUGCACAAUAUUCUUCGGAGAUAUUGACGGUGUCGACAAUAUCAGCGGACAUGUCUGUCGGCAGUUGCGUUACCACCGCAAAUUGUACCUUGUACGAUCUGCAUAGCAUCCUGUUUUCCAAAGACCAGGGAAACCCAUGCAUCGAAAAAGUACAAUGCCAGCCUUUAAAUAUUGACAGCUGCACCAAAAAAUACGUUGAAAUGUGUAAAAAAUGUCCCACAUCUUCUGGAGAUGAAAAUGACUGUAAAUCAGAUGAACUGAAUUCAUCGCAAUGUGAAAUUACAAAUAAUAUGGCCAAUCGUGUAAAUAAUUCAGAAAACAACCUAUUGGAUCAUAUAAAAAAUUCAGAGGCAAAUUCUGUCCCCUUGCCACAAAACCUUGUGUUAAAUGAUGACAUUCAGCCUCCAGAAUCAAAUGGGAAUGGGGACGGAACACCAGAUUUAAUAAGUAAUUGUCGUGGUCAGUGUGACAUUUAUGUUAAUCAACCCAAAUCUGGUUCCCACUUUGAAAGUCAGAAAACUAUAUGUCCAGAAAACACAACAAGAAAAAACGUUACUGGGAAUCCUUUUAGUGGUGAUUGCUGUGAGCUUCCCAUAGUCCAUGCACUAGUUACUAGUUCCACUUCCACCAAAUGUGACGAAAGGGACACGACUGACCUGGAACAAGCUCCAGCUAUACCGGAGCAGCCUGUGGACUCUGGGACGGCCCUGCUGUCUUUGGUCCACGAAGAAGCAAAGGCUGUGCGCUGUGCCAUCUCCUGCGAUUUAAAGAACUGUGCAAAGGAACAUGCAAGCGAAAUUGUUAAACCUGCAAGUAAAGAGGCUGCCGUGGUUGAAAAUGCAGAUGUUUCUUUGCCUGAGAAGGAACAUGUGGAUGAAAACAGAAUUACCGAGUCUACUGUGAGUGUAUGUAUUGACAGUGCGUUUGAAGGUGCUGCUGUAGGUCAGACGCAGGAACCAUCAGUGGAUACAGAUAUCAACAUUUCUUUAGAAACAAAGAAUAUGCUAACAGACUGUGAUACAAGGACUCAAGAUUGUGAAGUGCGUCCUUUAGAAAAAGGUACAGAAACCUUCCCUAUAGUUACAAGAGAUCCCUGUAUAGAUCCACCUGUUUCUCCAUUAAUGUUUUCUUCAAAUGGAAUUGCUGCUCCUGUUAGUCUAUCAGACCUUAAGUCACAGAAUCGGUCUCCUAAUAGAGCAUCUGAUGUACAAAAGAGUGUGGAAUCUGAAGAAUCUAUAUCUGGUUCGUUGAGUAACACACAGUCACAUGGUUUGUCUGGAGGGUUGUCUGACUUGGAUAUUGUACCUAAACCAACAAAACAUAUGAUAAAGCCCGCUAUUAGUUUAAAAACAGAUGGAGAAGCCAUGGAUAAGAAGACAAUAGAUACUAUUGCUGCUGCACCUGAGAAACCGGGGCAUUCGUGUUCUGUAGAAGCCUUUAAUAAAGAAUCAUGUAACUCAGGAAUUAUGACUCCGUUCCACAAGGAAUUAAACAUUACAACUGCAUUGAAUAACUUUGAUGGAAUCUCUGUUUCAAGUGCUGUUAAGGAUGACUUUAAUAAUCUUUUGCUUAAUUAUACUAAAGCAGAUAGCGACAUUUGUAUGGAAAUAGAAAAAAACUCCUUAAAUGAAGUGAAAAGGUUGGAUGAUCAUUCGUUUUCAAAGGAAUGUGAAGAAUCACUAGAUUCAAAUAGCAUAAAUGAAGAGAAGUAUUGUGAGAGAGUUCAUUCGGACCAUUUAAGGGGGGGCGGCGACAUAAAGAAAAUAAAAUCAAAAUCGAAGAAGAAAUUGAAAAAAAGUUUAACGUCCGCUCCAUCAGAUAGAUGUCUCAGAAGUCGGCUUGCCCAAGAUCACAGCGCUGCAUGCGUGCAGGAUUUACAGAUCCAUGUCCAUAAUGAUUUAAAGAGGGUUGUCUAUAUCAAAGGUGAAACAAAUGUGACUCUUGCCACCGAUGUUGACUGGGAUCUUUUGAGCUUUUAUGAUCCAGUAGACUGUCCCGAUACGGGUUUUGACCAAAAUCAUUUUGACCCGUCUUCAAACAAAUCAACUCGAGACUUAAAAGAGGGCCCAGAAAGGAUUGACAUUUGUAAGUCUUCUACAUGUGCAUUUCCCAAAAAUGUUAAAAUAUGUGUUGAUAUAAGCUCAGAGAAAAGGAAAGUAUAUAUACCCAUAACAAAGAGAAAAGGCUCGCUUAAUGCAGAAAGCAGAAAAAAUGAUGAAAAAAGUACAUUUUCUAGUACAAGAAAUAGUAUAAAACAGAGGCCAUCUAAACCACUGCUGAAGUGUAAAGAGCCUUCCAAAAAACGUUAUUUAAGGAAGAAUAAAUCAAAGCCAUGUCCUAUGGAAACAACUGUUAAAUCAGAAUUAAAAUGCACAGAUAGAGAAACCGAGAGACCAAAAUUUAUUGAUUGGUGUUCAGAAGAAGAAAGUCAGGAGCGUAUUUCCAACUUCAGCAACAAGUACUUGUCCGUCCACAAAAACUGGAUCCCUCUCCGAAAAGAGGCAUCAAUUGUUCACAAAUCUAAAAACAAAUCUGACCGACUGAAAGAAAUUUGGAAGACGAAAAAAAGGGCACGGAAAAGUAAAAGCGUGGUCGAGGGUCAAAACUUUUCUUCUAUUCAAAUGCUAUUUAUGAACUCUUUUAAACUCUCUGAUGUCUGUCAGUGGUUCUUGGAGACAACAGAGACCAAGUCCUUAGUGAUUGUAAAGAAGCUAAAUACUCGUUUACCUGAAGAUCUUCCUUUUUCAAUGAUUCCUUUACAUAAGUACCCUGCAUCUAGCUUAUAUCCUCACAUGUUACAAGCACAGCGCUUAAAGAAACACCUUAAAAAAUUUGCUUCUGCGUUUCCAGCUCGUAAUAACCGAAAAACUCAAAAUGCACUUUCUAAGUUGAAACACAAUAAGAACGUUGGUGAAGAUCAGGCUUUGAAAGAUGACGGUGCUCUAAGAAUGGAAAGCUUCCGGGGGAGAAAGUCUAAAACCAGCCUUAACAAGCCAGCAAGUGAUCAGAUACUGAGAAAAUAUAAUAACAUAAGGGCAAAGUUUCAACACCACUCCGGUCCUGUAAAUACUAAACAACGAGAUACUUUCGUAAAUACCUUCGACAAUAAAAUAGGCCAAAGUACGAAGAUGACGACACAUCCCAAUUCAGCAAGUUCACGCUCCCCUGAAAGCGAUGGAAGACAAAGAAAAGGCAAAAGACGUUCUAAGGAGCCGAUGGCGAUAUCCGAUGAACAACCGCGAAAGAAAAGAAAAACCGAAAAAGCGGCCCCUGGAAAAAAACUGUUUUUGGGUAGAACCAGGCUAACUGAAAAGAGAGAAAGCAAACAACUUCACCAAAUGGACUCGCAUUUCCAGUCUCGUAUUCCAAAGAAGCAGCUGGCAAAGGGUGCCAUGAGUAGGACUUCCAGAAACCAGACUUUAAGAAAAAGGAAAGCCAAAAAGCAUGAACAUUUCCAUAAAGCGCAAGAAAAUAAAAUCGCAAAACGAAAACAAGCGUCUUCAGGACUAGCAAAAUCUCAGAAGAAAGCAUCGCAGCUGCAGAGAGGAGAGCGCCAGAAGGCGUCCUCUAGGACUAUGAGAAGGAAGAAAGCGCUUGCGUCCCAGCCGGACAAGACAAGACAAAGGUCAAGAACAGACUCUUCUCCCCGGCGCAGGAGACGGGCGCUGGACGUGAAAUAGAUAUAUAGACAUGCACUGUUGUACAGUCAUCCUUUGCAUUAAUCCACUUUGUUUGAUACGUUGUAUCAAGCCAUCGGGAAGCCGUAAAUUAAAGAUGCAGGAAUUUAAAGCUAUGUUGUCGGGUGGGACUAAAAAUAAAUGGUGCUGAGAUAGUAAGUUAUUAAGUAUCAUUUUGAACCUUUAUGUUGUUGAAAAUACAGUGCCUUAUUUAUCUUUU